AUGUUAGAUGAGAUUUUGGAGUUCAAUAAGGAAAAGAAAGAUGGAGUUUAUGGAAUUGAUGUGAAGAAAGCGGAACCUAAGGUUCAUUGUGAUUUGAAGAAUGUUCUUGGAGUGCAUGUGACUAUUGGUAACAAUUUAGCUGAUAAUUUGGACUUAACUGUUCAUUGCAAAUCUGCAGAUGAUGACAUUGGAAUACAUCUUCUUCAUCAAAGAGAUAUUUUUGGUUGGCAUUUUGGAAAUAACUUUAUUGGAGAAACAAGAUUCUAUUGUUCCUUUCAAUGGAAUGAUGAGUUAAAAUGGUUUGAUAUAUACGUAGAACGUAGAGAUCUUCAUAAAUGUAAUUCUCAUUGCAAUUGGUAUGUAACCCAGUCAGGACCAUGUAGAAUGGUGGAUGCUAAUGAAAAGAAUGCUCAUUGCUCUUCGUGGAAUAAGUGA